GGCGCUCCCAAUCCCGUGCAAGAGAGCACACACGUUCCUGAGAGAGGCCACAGGUUCUCCCAUGUGCUGAAUCAGUUUUCUAAACAGAAGGGAAGGGUCCCAUCUGCUGGAGACUUAGUUCAAUUCUAGGGUUUCUGGUUAUUGAGGGAAGACUGUGUGAGCUCAGUGAGGGGCAGGAAAACCGCUCAGCUCUCAGUGGCAGGCAGUGCAGGCAAGCAAGGGCGGAGAAGAGUCAUUUAGUGCUGGCAAAUCUCAACCUGGGCCCCAGGUGCUGAGCUCCAGGAGAGCUGCCUCUGAUCUCCAAGGUGUUCUCGGGAAGCUGGGGCUAGAAAGCCAGUCCAGCGUGGGGAUCCUCAUCCUCCCUCCAAGCAACGUACCUGUCCUAGGCUGCAGACCCACAUUCUUGGGGAACCCUCUUCUCGGGGACCGGUCCAGACUGUGUUGCCUCUGCUCCCUGCCGCUGCCGCGCCUGCCUUGCUGCGAUCCCACCAGUACCAUGGAGGAAUUCUCCCACUGCCCGCCCGCUCUGGGCGACUUUGACUCCGGAAUAUCUGCUCUGGCGCCUUUCGGGUGAGCUCAGAGAGGAACCGGUCUCCCUCCCGGUCUGAGAUUACCCGAGAAAAGAAGAUCCCCCUAGUCCCAGAGCUGCAAAUCGAUUUUUCCGUCAGCGUCUUCGUCCUCCGCCCCUUCUUCCUUGCCUCUGGGUUUGUUUAUAUAGCAUCUGGCAGGAGGGAGACAGUGGCCACCCUCGCCUGGCGACUCGCCCUCCCCUCCUAGCCUCUAGGCUCCCACACGUGGUAGGCACCAAUAUCAUUGCCAGCAGGCAAGCUACAGCCAGCGGGAGGCGGACGCCUGGGUGCCAGCGCCACGCGCGUUCUCGCCAUCCCUCACUCAUCCUCCGCGCGCCCUCUCCCACUUGCCUCUAAAGCCGGGUCACACUUGGCAUUUGCCGCCAGCCAUCCGUCCCUUGACGUGAAGAGGAGAUCGGAAAGGAAAUACUGCCCUGGAGGUGCUGAUGAUGCUUCGCUGGGUUCGUUCAGUUGCUAGAAAAGAAUGGUAACAUGAACAGUGGAGCGUGAGAGCGUCGGCAGAGGAAGGGGACCAGAUUGAUGGGCGGAGAGCACACUUCUCUGAGGAUCUCCUUCCCUGGACUGCACGAGGAAGGGUCGUCUUUGAGCCUGCACUUCCUGGCUGGACUCAGCCUACAUCCGUAGAGUCUUUUCACCAGGUUCCCAGGACUUCUUGAUGCUGCCUGCCGAGGAGUGGUCUGACAGCGCAUGAGGAUUCAGGAGUUUGUGAACCCUCAUUCAAACAUAGUUCUGACCUGGCUAUGGUGUUCCUGGAUCCUGCCUGACAAGCUGGCUCCAGAGGGAGUUGAACUUGAGUUCAGGUGGGUUAUCCCAAGGCAAGCAAAGGAAGAGCUGUUAUAGGAAGAUAAGAAAGGUGAUGUUCCAAUGUCAAAAGUGGACAUGUAUCUUCCAGACACUUGACUGGACCAAGCCACUCCCUCUCAUUCAGUUCUCGCUCUUAAUCUCCUACUCUACAUCCUGGACCUCCCACCCUAAAGGCGGGGGAUGCUGGGCAAACAGCGACAGAGAAACACCUGCUAUUUACUGAUAUUUCUAGCAUGCUCUUGACUUCCCCAUAACUUGUUAUUCUAUGAAACGGUCUUUAUUUACUUUAUUUACUCCACUGCUUUAUAUUAAUGGAGGUCAAUAGACUUAAUGAUUUCCUCAGUAGAGUCAUUUCUUUCUAAGCCAAUAGAUAAUGCCGUCGUCAUAGUUUUCUGGAGAAAAGUAACUGUGCGUUUGUUCUGCAGAUGGCCAACUCCCUCUGAACCCUGCAGAUUGGUGCUGAGCAGGCAACAAAAGUUUGUAGCUUCCCCUCAGGUUCCGGUGCUUCCCAGGAGAGAAGAAAGGACUUUCGCAUUACACGCAAGAAACAGGCAGAGAGAGACUUCUCUAACUUUUCUCCACUGUGACCAUUUGCAAUGAAGAGGAAACAGAAGAGGUUUCUGCAGAUGACUUUGUUAUUCACUGUGGCUUUAAUUUUCCUGCCCAAUAUCGGUCUUUGGUCUUUAUACAAGGAUAAACACCUGGUGAAAUCUGCAGAACCUGUGGACCAUCAGACGUUUCCACUGGGCCUGGGAGAUGGGCAAUUCUAUUCGUGGACAGAUGGUCUGAGAAGGAAAGACUGGCAUGACUAUGAAAGCAUUCAGAAAGAGGCUUUGCGCUCAGGGAAAGGUGAACAUGGAAAACCAUAUCCCCUUACUGAAGAAUACCAGGAUGACUCAGCUUACAGGGAAAACGGCUUCAAUAUUUUUGUCAGCAACAAAAUUGCUUUAGAGAGGUCUCUGCCAGAUAUCCGUCAUGCGAACUGUAAGCACAAGAUGUACCUUGAAAGGCUGCCAAACACCAGCAUUAUUAUCCCAUUUCACAAUGAAGGCUGGACUUCUCUCCUGCGGACCAUACACAGUAUAAUUAACCGGACCCCAGAGAGUCUGAUAGAGGAAAUCAUUCUAGUCGAUGACUACAGUGACAGAGAACACUUGAAGGAUAAGUUAGAAGAUUACAUGGCUCGGUUUUCCAAAGUGAGAAUUGUUCGCACCAAGAAAAGGGAAGGACUCAUCCGGACCCGACUCCUGGGAGCUUCUGUGGCCAGAGGCGAGGUGCUGACCUUCCUGGACUCCCACUGUGAGGUCAAUGUGAACUGGCUGCCCCCACUCCUCAACCAAAUUGCACUAAACCACAAAACCAUCGUGUGUCCCUUGAUCGAUGUCAUCGACCACAAUCACUUUGGGUAUGAGGCACAAGCUGGGGACGCCAUGCGAGGAGCCUUCGACUGGGAGAUGUACUACAAAAGAAUCCCCAUCCCUCCAGAGCUCCAGAGGGCUGAUCCCAGCGACCCUUUUGAGUCUCCUGUUAUGGCUGGAGGUCUCUUCGCAGUGGAUCGAAAGUGGUUUUGGGAACUGGGUGGCUACGACCCAGGCUUAGAGAUCUGGGGAGGCGAGCAAUAUGAAAUCUCUUUUAAGGUUUGGAUGUGUGGAGGAGAAAUGUUUGACGUUCCAUGCUCUAGAGUCGGCCAUAUCUACAGGAAGUAUGUCCCUUACAAAGUUCCUUCUGGGACCAGCCUGGCAAGAAACCUGAAGCGUGUGGCCGAGACCUGGAUGGAUGAAUUUGCCGAGUAUAUUUACCAGCGGCGGCCAGAGUACAGGCACCUCUCCACCGGGGACAUCUCUGCGCAGAAGGAGUUGCGCAAGAGACUCAAGUGCAAAGACUUCAAAUGGUUCAUGGCUGCAGUGGCCUGGGAUGUGCCGAAGUUCUACCCUCCGGUAGAGCCCCCGCCUGCGGCAUGGGGAGAGAUUCGGAACCUGGCAGCAAACUUAUGUGUGGACAGCAAGCAUGGAGCCAUGGGGACAGAGCUGAGGCUGGACGUUUGUGUCAAAGAUGGUUUGGAAAGGACGUGGUCUCAUGAGCAGCUCUUUACUUUUGGGUGGAGAGAAGAUAUCCGACCUGGCGAGCCUCUGCACACUCGAAAAUUCUGCUUCGAUGCGAUCUCACACAGCAGCCCGGUCACGCUCUAUGACUGUCACGGCAUGAAAGGGAACCAGCUCUGGGGAUACCGGAAGGACAGGACACUCUUUCAUCCUGUAAGCAACAGCUGCAUGGACUGCAACCCUGCAGAGAAGAAGAUUUUCAUGGCCAGAUGUGACCCUCUCUCGGAGACUCAGCAAUGGAUUUUUGAACAUAUCAACAUGACUAUUUUAGAAAAAAAUAGCUACCCUGCCAGCUCCUAGAAAGGAAAGAAGAGCGAUUACCUACAGAUUGGGAACUGUGUUGUCGCGGGCGCCUGGGUCACAGGAGUCAGGAAUAACGUUUCCUAGAUCCAGGAAGCCUGCUCGAAAGAUGUGUAGACGCCAUGUCGACGUAGGCUGUCCGGGAGGAGUUCCUACAUCUGAAGAACUUGGCUGAGAACCCCGCCAGCUGCUGCUGAGAACUGGAGACUAGCAGUUCCCUUGCUGGCCAAGGGUUAAGAUUAUUUAGGGACUGUUCGCCACGACUGCUGAGUUAAUCGAUCCUAGCAUUUCUCAGGUCAAAUCCUGCAGUAGUGAGUAGCUAUGAAUGGAUCCUAUUAAUCGGGUGGGAGGGGGGCGGAAACAGAGCGCAUGACUGCUCUGGCAACCUGAGGCUACCACAGGCCUAGAACUAGCCACGCUUGAGGGGUGAGCUCUUUGGUGCCAUUCUCUGACGAGGAAUGGGUUAAGCAGGUUUAACCCUCUAAAGUGCUGCAGAUGAUUUUAGAGUGCUCAUACCAUUCUCUUUUCUUUUGUCUUCUCCUCACACAAGGGUACACGACAUCUGAGACGCACAUCCCAUGUUGUCAUUCACACUUUCCAUUCUCCUUUCAGGGCCUCUAUUCUCUGUCAUGGUUCAGAGGACUCCAUGUUCCACCAAUCAGAAGACGUUCUAAUUCAGCGUCCUUGGAUGAAUCCAGUUAAAGACAAAAACAAACAGCAAAAAAUCCACUCUGCUACCCAGUUACUCCAAAGAAAGAUUCACAGAAGCAGCAAAACACGCGCGUGCGCACGCACACACACACACACACACACACACACACACACACACACAAACACACACACACAAGUUAGGGAAGAAAUUUCUCUAGGAAAUCUAUUUUUACUUUUUUAUUAUUUUUAAAUUUUAAAAAGUCUGAUGUCUGUCCAGUUAUAGCUUUGAUUAAAGAAGGCAUUGCAGUGGGGUCCAUGUAACUUGUUUAGUUGGUCUUAAAUAAAUCUUCACUCCAAGUGAUGUGGAAAUGGCUUCAUUCACUUCAGUUUUGUUGAAUCUGGCAAUUUUAAAAGUGGUAUUAUUUAAGUAUUAGUUUUUAAUCUCCCCUAUUCUUGAAAAUAAUGAUGUUGUCUUAUUUGAAAGUCCAGAAAAGGAAUUACUAUUAAUUUUCUAUUUUCUACUAGUGGGCAGUAUUUCAGGGGUGUGGAAAAAAAAGAAAUAAGUUCAAAAUUAAUGUGCUCUAGAUGUUUGGGUACAGGGUGUUCUUACCUUUGUUUUUAUUAUUUUAAUACAGUUUCCUUGUUAAUAAGACUGUAUAUGUCAAGACGAACUAUAUAUUUGGAGCAUAGAUCCCUGAAGCCCAGGACAGGAGAAUCCAGAAGAGUCGAUCCCUUUUUGCUGUUGUUUAUCAAUUUUUAUUUUGCUUGACAUUUUUGGUUUUGUUUCUUUGUUUGUUUUUUUAAGAUAAAUAGCAAAAAAUCCAGAGAAGUCCAUCUUCUGCUGGAGCUUUUAACCUGGCCUGGGUUAGAAUCCUCUACUUCAUUCAAGACGCCCAACCAUUCGCGAGCCUAAUACACAAUACCUCUUCUUGAAAACGUGCACGUUUUUUUUUUUCUGCCCUAUAAACCAAAUCAAAAUAUGCAGUCAAACUACCCUGCUAAGGGUCAGGGAGGGGUUACCCUGGUGUCUUUACCAACUUCUUUUUUAAGCAUUCUUUUCAAAAAGCUUUUUUUAAUUUUAAACUGACUGUCACUGAGAUCCUUUGUAUGGGUCAAGUCCUCUUGUAAUAGUCAAGAUGCAUAGCGGAGAAAAAUCAAUAGUGAGAAUUUAACCUGUGUGUUGAACACUUCUAAGGAGUGGGGGAAGAUUUAUCGCAAAUGUUCAGAGAGCAAUCUGACUGGAGAAUGAGACGAGCCUAUAAAAAUUCACAUUAUGUCAUUAAACAGUUGGCUGCUAUUUACAACUGGACCAAAGAGACAACCUUGGGUUGCGCAGCCUGGAAAGCCCAGCUUUGUAACAAUCUCUUAGGACGUUAGAGUCAUGACUGGCUAGCCAGGGCCUACCCUAAGUAUCGCAGCGUUUUAAUGGGAUACACAGUGAUCCAUCAAGAUCACUUACAUCUUACUCUCUAAGUAAAAGAUUAUUUUAAAAA